ACAUGCAGGAAUUGGAUGAGAUUGCUAAUUGCAGUAAAUGUUUACAGUCUGUCAUUUUUGUUCACCAAAGUGCACAUUUCAAUCUGUGUGCAGGAGCUCGUGAGACAAGGUGAGGCCCUGAAGAGGACUGAGCGAAUGUUAGACAACAUGGAUCAAGACCUGAAGACCAGUGAGAGACACAUCAACAGCAUAAAGAGUGUGUGGGGAGGGAUUGUCAAUUAUUUCAAAGCCAAGCCAGAGACCAAGCCUCCCCCAGAGGAGCCAGUGCAGUACAAACCAAGCAGCAAAUUGCAAGAUGCUUUGGCCCAUAGCAAGGUGCAAGAACAGAAUUAUCAAGCAAGCCAUCCAAACCUAAGAAAGCUGGACACAUCAGGUUUUGGAGCUUUAGGGCCUGAAACAGAGUACUCCAGUUCACAGCCUGAUGGUGCGUACUCCAAAAACAAGCACCUACGAGCAGCUCAUGAACAGCUGGAUAAUAACUUGGAUGAAAUGUCUCUGGGGCUGGCCCGGCUCAAGAACCUCGGCCUGGGCAUGCAGACCGAGAUCGAGAGCCAGGACGUCACCCUGGACAGCCUGAUCAACAGAGUAGACGGGAUGGACAUCAAGAUCCAAACCACGAACAAACAGCUUAAAAAACUUUAACUGCAUUGGUGGUGCAGUUCUGGGAUUGUACAGUAAACGGGAGUUCUCUCUUCUGCUGACUUUUCUUCCUCCUUCCUGUCUCUCUUUGUUGUGUUUUCUAAAUGUAUAUCAAUAAUUGUGAUAUAAAAGCUGAUUGCUGAAAAUAGUUUUUGAGCUUUGAAUCCAUGAAUUGAUUCAGCCCCCUUCUAUUGACUUCAGGCAAUAUGACAAUAGGAAGACUUUGCUCGUGAAACUGAACAGGGCUUUCUGGUUUCCUCACUGUACUGUGGUAUUUACUUCAAAUGUGUGCCAGACAUACUGGGUAAAACUGCUCCUCCCUUCUGUUUCACCAGUGAUAAUGAAUGUGUUUUGUUUUGACGAUUGUGAUGGAAACUGGGCUAGUGUAAUCCAAGGCCAAUCAGCAGGUGAGAGAGCAUGGUAAGAGCAUGGAAUCCUACUUCCAGAAAUACCAUCUCAGGGAAGUGCUGUCCUGUUGCAGAUGCUUGUUAAGUUCCACACCUGCAACAAUUAGGGGAAUUGUACCAGAGUGGUUAAUAAAGUUGGUUUCAUGGGGAUCCCCUGUUCUGAAAGAAUCCAAAGAUCAUACAUCAUGAGAUUGCACCAGGACCUUGCCUGGAGGAAAGGCCAGUUGAGAAGUAAAGGCUUGUGUUGUAUACCACUGUUACAGUUAAGAUGAGAGGGGACAGCCAAAAGAAAGUUUUUCUUGGCACAGUGCGGGUUGUGAAGAAAUACCAUUGCUCAAACAUCCUUUACACAAGAAAUAACACAUGAUUCUAGUUCUCCAAGAACCCACCUCUAUUGUUCUGCUUUCAGAUAUAUUCAUAUAUAUAUAUAACAUGUUCUACCUGCCCUGAACACAGGUGCUUUGGCCUGACAUGAUAAAGGUGGGAUAGCUCUCACCACUUCAGAAUGAAGGUGUUUUAGGAUGUCUUAGUUACACAGUACAGGGGAUUUAGUUCAAGGUGUGACCUCUUUACAUGUUCAAAAACUGCCUUCUGGAGAGAUACAGUACUCUAGACUGUUGUAUGUGAUAUACAGUGCUUUUGCCUUAUGUCAAUAGUUUGUUUAUAUUUUCAGAGAUGAUGUGCUAUGUGAGGUGUAGGAUUAAUGUAAUAAUAGGAUAUCUCAGUGUUUUUUUUAAGCAAAUGAUUGUUUAUUCUAGUUCUUCCUUAACCGUGCAUUUUUAAGACUGAAGGAAAUAAGACAUUUCAUUACAAAUCAGUGUAAACAAUUAAACUCCUUUACUGAAUUCCUCA